CCGAGUUAAACCCUUCUCCCCCUCUCUAUUGCCGCCGUAGUAGUCCGCCGACGUUCAAUCGCCGGUGGGGAUUUUAGUUGCAACCGACAAUCCAGCACGCUUAUAUUCUCUUUCAGAUCCUUAGCUUCUCAUUGCAUCCAGAGAUAUAAAUUUCUUGUAAAAGUCACAAACCCUACUUUUUUGCUUCCGAAUUUUUUCUUUUGCACGUCACUUCAUCGACUGGGCUCCCAUCGAUAAAGAUAGAAAUAUACCGGAGGAAUGAUUGCAUCAACUAUCAUCCAUGUUCUAUAAGAAGAAAUCCUGGUGAUAGGUUUGGAGUGAAUGAAAUAAUCUGGAUGGACAUUGCUGAGUUUUUUAGGGAUAACGGUGAUGUAGAAUUGGAUAUGGGAGCUGUUAAGUCGGAACGAAAUCUAGGUGGCAUAUCAAGUCACCAAAAACAAGACUAUACUGAUGUGGCCCUGCAUAAAAAGUCCAAGAUUCAUGGUGUAAGACAAGAGGCUGAAGAAAAUCGGAGCUCUAGUGGCAUUAGUGUAUUGGAUCAAGCACGGUCACCAGUUGAUGAUGCGAGCCUUUGUUCAACAUCACCUAUAUGUGCUGCACCUCUUUGUAGACAAUUUUGGAAGGCUGGAGCCUACAAUGAUGAUCUCACUCCUAAGUCCACAACUAAAUCUGGUUCUAGUUAUCUACACAUACACCCAAAGUUCCUUCACUCGAAUGCUACUUCUCACAAAUGGGCCUUUGGUGCCAUAGCAGAGCUUAUUGACAAUGCGGUGGAUGAGAUACAAAAGGAGGCCACCUAUGUAAUUAUAGACAAAGCAAUAAACCCAAGAAAUGGAAGUACAGCUUUGCUAAUUCAAGAUGAUGGGGGUGGGAUGGAUCCAGAAGCAAUGCGCCGAUGUUUGAGUUUCGGGUUUUCAGAUAAGAAGUCAGCAUUUGCGAUUGGGAAGUAUGGAAAUGGCUUUAAGACGAGUACUAUGAGACUUGGAGCAGAUGUGAUAGUUUUCAGCCGCUACUUAACUGACAGGACAUUGACCCAAAGCAUUGGUCUUUUAUCAUAUACAUUUUUAACUCGAGCAGGCUAUGACAGGAUAGUGGUCCCAAUGGUUCACUACGAGUUUAACUUUAUGACUGGUUCUUUUGAUCCCUUACAAUCAGAAAGCAAAGAUAAGCCAAAUGUAAACCUAUCUAUUCUAUUGAAAUGGUCUCCAUAUUCAACAGAGGAAGAACUACUGAAGCAAUUUGAAGAUGUUGGUUCUCAUGGCACAAAAGUCGUCAUAUACAAUUUAUGGCUUGAUGAGGAUGGUAAUAUGGAGCUUGAUUUUGAGUCAGAUCCUGAGGAUAUUUGUAUUUCUUGGGAUGGAAAGGGUAAAGUGAAAGAAGGUUCUCGUAUGGCAGCAAGUGAGCAGCACGUUGCUAAACGCCUCCGUUAUUCUCUCCGUGCGUACUUAUCCGUCUUGUACUUAAAAUUACCAGACACUUUCGCAAUGGUAUUGCGAGGGAAAGUCGUUCUCUAUCAUAAUAUUGCUACAGACCUGAAGCACACAGAAUUUAUCUUGUAUAAACCACAUAGUGCCGGCUGUGCGGAGGGAGCAGUGGUUACAACAAUAGGGUUUCUUAAGGAGGCCCCAAAUGUGAAUAUUCAUGGGUUUAACAUCUACCACAAGAACCGUUUGAUACUGCCAUUUUGGCCUGUUGUUGUCUUUUCUGACAGCCGAGGCAGAGGUGUUGCUGGUGUUCUUGAAGCAAAUUUUAUCGAACCUACUCACAAUAAGCAAGAUUUUGAAAAAACUUCUGUUUUCCAAAAACUUAUUACCCGCUUGAAAGAAAUGACGUGGGAGUACUGGGAUUAUCAUUGUGGACUGAUUGGGUAUCAAAUCAAGAAAAAAGCUCGGCCCCCAUCAGAUGACCCUGGUUCAUCCAAUUUUGUUCAUCAGCAUGUUGUAGAUCAAUCUAAUUUUAGGAAAGGCACUUCUGAUGGUGGAGCAACCAAAAAAGCAUCCUUUGUUGCUACUGUAAACAGCAAAGCCGCUCUUUAUUCCAGCUCCUCGUUUGUGAAACCGGUAGAAUUAAUACCAAACAUCCCUAGAGGUUUUGAAGAAGGGGCAACCUUUUUGAAAAGGAAGUCGCGAGACCAGGGUGAAAGGCUUCACCAAUUGGAUGCCCAGAUGGAGAGUGGUAUCGGGUCUAAAACGACUACUACUGGUUUCGUAAACAAUGGAGAGGCGGUGAACGUGAUAGAAGAAAACAAAAAGCUGAAAGCACAAUGCUUGGAGUAUGAGAAGUCGCAAGAAGAGCUUAAUCACAAGGUGUUGCGUCUUAAAAUGGAACUGGGAGACGUGGAACGGGAAUAUACUUAUCUGAUGGAUGAAUUGCGGUACCUAGAGAAAGUGAAAGGGGAGAAGUAAACGCAACAUUUUGUUUUUUGGUUGGGUUGGAUGUAAAAUUAAAAUUAUUAUGAUGUGUUUUUAUUAGGUCGGUCGGUCGGUCUGUUUGUCUGUAAUUUAGGCAUCGUUUUGGAUUUGAAACUCGUAUCCGGAGGUAGUGACUAACAUUUCGUGUUGUAAAAUUUAUGAAGAACUUGCCAAGUUCUGGAAUCAACAUAACC